AUGGCAGCCUCUUUCACCCAGCAGAGCAGCUACAGCGUUAAGCAGAGAACCUACAGUUCCAGCAGCCUGGGCGGAUGGAAGCAGAGUGGCACGUCCUCUGUCGGAUACACACCCAGUGUGCACGGCGGAGCUGGAGGUUAUGGGACCCGCAUCUCAAGGUCUAACUCUGUCUUCUCUUUAGGGUCCCUGGGCUCGUAUGGAGAGACUUCUGUAGUCGGUGAUGAGAAGGCAACCAUGCAGGACCUCAACGAUCGCCUGGCUGACUACUUGGCAAAAGUGCGUUCUCUGGAGGCCAAAAAUAGGCAGCUGGAACUGAACAUCGCUGAGUUCUGUCAACAAAAGUCAACUGUUGUUACCAAGAACUACGGUGGCUAUUUUUCCACCAUCAAUGACCUGCGAGCCGAGAUUGCAAGAAGAUUUGCAGAGAACCAGGCCAUCCACGUGCAGCUUGACAAUGCUCAAUUGGCAGCGGAAGACUUUAAAAUGAAAUAUGACAUGGAGAUGAACUUGCAUUUGACCGUGGAGGCUGACGUAUCCCGUCUCCGAGCAGUCCGGGACAGCUUGACUCUUGGCAUCAGUGACUUGGAGCUAAGCAUAGAGGAUCUCAAAAAAGAGCUGGUGCAAAUGAAGGCGAAUCACAAGGAGGAGAUGAGCCAGUUGAGGAUCCAGUGCAGUGGCUCUGUAAAUGUAGAGGUGGACAGUGCACACUCUAUAGAUUUGACAAAGGUCCUGGAGGAAAUGAGGGAGCAGUAUGAAACUGUGGUGAGCAAGAACAAGCUGGAAGUCGAGAAAUGGUUCCAGUCGAAGGUGGAAAUUCUCCGGAAGGAAAUCAUUGUUUCCCAAACAGAUGUGAAAACGUUUCACAAAGAGUUGUCCGAUCUGAAGAAGACCUACCAAAGUCUGAUGAUAAGCCGGCAAAGCGCACACACAGAGAUUACAUGCCUACAGGAAAAUUUGGAGGAAGUGAAAAGUCGCUAUAGUCUUCAGCUUCAACAACUGCAGGUGACCAUCUCCACCCUGGAGAUUGAGCUGCAGGAGCUGAAGACCUCUCUUCUGCGGGUGCAAACAGAAUAUAAUGAGCUACUGGACAUCAAGAUGAGGCUGGAAAUGGAGAUUGCUGAAUAUAGGAGGCUGCUGGAAGGAGAGCAAUAUGAAAAAAAGGAGGUGGUGGUCAUCAGCAAGGUCGUAGAAGUGGAAGAGCAUAAACCCCACAUUGAAAAACGAGUGAAGACAAUCAUCGAGGAAAUUGUUGAUGGACAGGUGGUCUCCUCCUCUGAGGACACCCAAGUGGAAACAAUUCAGUAACCUGUGCUCCCCUCACCCGAGCUUCUAAGCUGUUAAAAUGCAUGCUGGUUUCUUCCGGGGAGUUCUCUUUG